AGCUAUAAAAGCUGGAUAUUUUCGACAGCAAUUGCAGUUAGUAAACGUUGACGAUACAACACGGAGUACGUUUGUCGCUUAAGUCUUUUGUUUAGUUUGUAUAGCCGAAGCAUUCAUAUAAAAUGAAACUACUCGUACUUGCCGGUCUUUUAGCUUUUGUUGCGCUCGCCGUGGCUGAAGAUAAAUACACAACGAAGUAUGACAAUAUUGAUGUUGAUGAGAUAUUGAAGUCCGAUCGUUUAUUCAACAACUACUUUAAAUGUCUCAUUGAAACUGGCAAGUGCACACCAGAGGGGCGAGAGCUGAAAAAGUCUCUACCAGAUGCACUGAAAACUGAGUGCAGCAAAUGUAGUGGAAAGCAGAAGCAAAAUACGGACAAAGUUAUUCGUUAUGUAAUUGAUAACAAACCCGAUGAGUGGAAACAACUUCAAGCUAAAUAUGACCCUGAGGGUAUAUAUGCGGCAAAAUAUAAGAAAGAGGCCGAGAAACAAGGAAUCACAAUUUAAAUCACCUUCACGAAUUUUACUAUAUGACUAACACAAAUUGUAAAUAGUUUUGUCAAUACGUCUCUGUAAACAUUGCAUAUGUAUGUACACAGAUACAUUUGUAUAUAAAUAAAUAACAUUUUGGGGGAUAAACAUGAAAAUGUA